AUGCCAGUCACGCGCCGGCGCACAAAAGUGCGUGAUCUCCUCGGAGCAGACCCUUGCGACUUUAUCGCUCAUUUUGAGGAAGCAGAGUCGGUCCAGAAAGCCAAAGAAAAGGCACGUGGGAAGCCCCUGACUCGGGAGCAAGAUGCAGAACUUCGUCGGCGGAUUGUGGCAAAAGCAAGAACGACGAAGAAAAACAUUAUCAAUAUACAGAAGAAAUUCGAAGAGUACUGCAAUUUUCGGGGACUUGUCCUCUGGUCCGAAGCAUUGGCGAACGUGGACGCAAGCGCGAUAAUGGCCUUUCUUUUGUACCUUUGUCAAAACACCAAGAUCAAGGCGAGAGACACACUAUGGGUUUACUUUCGACAAUUCAAACAACUCUAUCAUCAUAUCACUGGGAGGUAUAUCAACAGAGGAGAUACUGAACAGAUUCGCAACUGGUAUAAGAAUUUCCUUGCAAGCCAGUUCUCACUUCGGCAUCCCAACGACGGUGGCAAGCCAGUCGUUGGUGUGGAUGACUUGCACUCGCUUCUGGUAUUCAAUGUCGGCUACGACAAAGGCGUCUUACGACUUGAGAGAUACCGCGUCCAGCUCUCAGCGAUCUAUCUGAUACUCGCUUACACCGGAGCACGACCCGCUGAGCUUGUCCACAACGAGCCAGAAUUGUCUGCGGGCGCGCAAGAGCGUCAGCAGCAGAUUUUCCAGAAUAUCGAGGAUAUCACAAAAGGACUACUUGACCAAGACUUGGAUCGUACGACAAACGAAGAAACACAGAUUCUAGUCGAGCAGCUGAACCUUGAAACAAAGCGACGUGGUAGGACUAAGGCGCUCUGCUACGAGGACAUACAACUUGUAGUGGUUCGCCACCCGGAAACAGGCAAAGACGAACUGAACAUGAUGAUCAAGUUCACACAUCACAAGGGUGCUGAUCGAAAGCCAAAACCGACAAUUUUCUUCUUCACUCAAACGAGGAGACUGAUUUUCUGCUUGAUCUCACAUAUCGUGAGCCUCGCGAUAUCGGAUGGUGCCUUCCGCGCAAGAAACUUAACAAGCGCUGAGCAGGUCUUCCAAGUGAGGAACAAACCGCCCGUGCAAUCAACCAGACUCCAUUGGAAGAAAGAUUUUCUGAAAUUGCCCAUCUUCCGGCGAAGAAACGGAACGUGUACCUCUGCGGACCAGCCGUUUCCAUACUCUCAACUACGAGAUAUUAUGGAACGACAGACACUCGAUGCAGGAUUCGAAAAGAGCAUUGGACCAAGAGCAUUUCGCCGAGGCGCAGCGAACGCCGCAAAUGGAAGCGCCUCUGACGCUGUGAGAGACCAAAUGAUGCGCCAUGAUCCAAAGUGGGCCAUAUUCAACAGUGCCUAUAUCAACGAGAAGGUCCAGUUUGAUAUCCAAAGCACCUUUAUACAGGAGCCUACCAAGGACAGCCUGAUCAGACUGUUCGCGCAUAUCGGCAUCAGCAGUGAUCCGCGAGCAAGUCAAAAUAUGGUGCCUGAAGAAGUCUGGGACAAUCUUCCCCCGGAUGGGGAGAUUUCUCGACUGCAGGAGGAAAGACAACGCCUUAAAGGCGGCAAGUACCGCAUUGGAGACAACCCUUACCAGCAGAAGAUCCAAGCUUUAACAAGAGAGAUUGCAAGAAGGAAGUCCCGGCGUUUCAAGAGAGUUUGUCAGGAGUAUCGGGCAUACUACUUCGAUACUAGACCAACCCUGGACAUUGAGACCCAAGUCGAAGGGAUCAAGCAUCCUGACUGGACUACGCCAGACUUUGAGGCAGAAAUCCCCGCACGUAAAGAUCUUGCAAACAUCCUCUGCAAGCAGUCCGACAAUCUGAGCGACAAUCAGCUACAAGCUCUACGAACGAGUGCCGUAAAGCAAUGCAAACGCGAAAUACCUAGGCGGGACGGUGUUUCGGAAGACGAUUCUGACCUGGAUAUGGGGCAGAAGAAAGUCACGACGCAAGAUGACUUUCCUCUUCUAAUGCGGAAUACGCAAUGUCCACGAUGUAUCGGUGAUCAGUCACUAACAUACAAGCAGAGGACAUUUGCAUACAGCCGACCAGGAUCUAUGAACGAUCAUUUUCGAAAGGUUCAUCUGGGAAAGUUAGAGGAGGAGCAACAAGCCGCGUCACUUAUCUGUGAUCAUCCCAAAUGUAUCGCAGAUAAGGUGACAUUCAAAAAUCUUGACCACUUCAAACAUCAUGUGCAAGUCAAGCACGGUGUCUGGCUUCGACCUACCUUUUGA